UUUAAACAUUUGUCUGUAGUGAUCAUGUGACCUGUUCAAAAUGGCGGUAGCAAUGAAUUUUGAGAAUCAGGAAAUGCAUUGUUUUCGCUAUGAUUUACAUAAGCUUCGCACCAAGUUAACUACAUCAAAUUUGAAGAAAUUCGGUUUGGACUUAGCGAACUGUAUUUGUACAAUACAUCAGACAGAUGGCACGCUGCUUUUGGAGAGAAUUUGCAACAGAGCAAAUCAGUCCAAUCACUGGGAAAUUCACCAUGUUCAGAGUUUCACAACUGUCAAUCCAGAGAACAGAGCGUCAAAUGAAAGUUAUGACUGGUGUGGAUUUGCUGUAACAAGUGACCAUGUAUUUGACACUUACACUUUUGAGAAAGAUGAGUUGAAGUGUUUCCACCAGAAUAUUGACAUCUUACAGCUUGUAAAAGAAACACUGAAUGACACUAAACUACAAACAGUAACAGUUGUUCACUUCACAGGGAACAGUUUGCUACUGGUGGUUAACAACACCCACCUGAUCCAGUUGGUGAAGCGAGAUAAUGUGUUCCAUGGGGUGUGGUCUAUGGCUCUUCCACCAAUUGGUGCAGAAUCAUUGCGUAUUGUAACUGACAAGGUUUUCAUCCUAGACUCCACAGCCAAAUCAAUUUUUUGUCGCAGCUUGAAAGAUGAGGCAGACAGCUUUACAGUUGACCUGUCACAGUUAGAGUUUGAUUUCAUCUCCAUACAAACUUGGUGCAUUUCACAGCAGUGUAAUCAAGUUGCAUUUGUUCUACAAAAUAGUGAUGUGAUUCUUCUAGAUCUACAUUCCUUCUGCACACACUUCCCUCCACUCUAUAACCAAAAUAGUAAGACAUCAACAAUCCAUUCAGGACAGAGGCAAACCUCUUUCAUGCAAACCUCGCAUUAUGGAGAUUUACCUUGGAUGAAUAAGCUUCAAAACCUUCAUACCAAAUUUGAUAAAAAAGAAAUUAAAGCAACCACAAGAAAAACAUUUCGAGGAAAGCAUGGUGAAAGAAAUAAAACAGUAAAAAUGUUGAAAACAUCUGGAUUUAAGUCAGAGGUAAACAAAGAUCAUGACCUAGUUGCAGGAAAAAGGUGGUUGACCUUUCUUGAAGCUCCGUCAUUAGUGAGAGGAUAUAGUGCAGAAGAUAUGAAUCUUACUGAGAAAACACUGUCAAUUGUGUUUGCAUAUAAUGAUGUACAUUGCAUUUGCUGUUGUUCUUUGGAUACAGAACACAAAUGGACUCAUGUCAGACUUCAGCCACAUGAACUGGCAGUGUUGUCAAGACAACCAAAUGUUCCACAUCUGGUUCUGACCCAGUCUCACAUCUCCACUGUGUUUAUGGAUGCUGCAAUGAACCAAGAACAGUUUGUCAGUGAGCUGAUGACCUACGGUGGGGCAGCAUUGGCUGAUGCCGUGUGCCAGUUGAAUGCCUGGGGCCGCUGCUCCCUACCCAUGCACACCCUGGAGAUGGCCCUCAAACAUAGGCAGCUGGAUACCGUCACAUACUUCCUAGACAGCAAACAGAAAUACUUUUCCAGUAACAAUUCCAUCGCAGAAAAUUCCCCACAUGAAGCCCUUCAGUUUGGUCACAUGGACUCCCUGAUCCAGUUAGAACCAGCUUUACAUGUCCUGCUACAGUCGGCAAGGUCCACCAUGGGGGAUAAACACUCGCAAAUAUUUGGGAAACAGGUACUAGAUGUAACCAUGGAGUUUUUAUACAGCCUGCUGUUGGAUGGUAUAUCUGUCUUUGAACACGCUGACAGUGAGGAAAUGCAGAGAGAUAUACGGCAGGCCACAGAUAAAGUAGUUGAACACAUCGACAGUUUUCGUAACUGUAUGCGAGCAAUGGAGGAAAGUUCAAGAUCGGCAGGUCAGUCUGAAAGCAUGUCAAUCGCCAGCAAUUCUACUACUACAAGUGUACCUGUCCUUUCAAGAGGGGACGAGGUCAUAAAUGGGAAUGCUCUAGGUCAUGACGUAGAGGAUGGUGUAGAGGUAUCUGAGGAGAUCAUGUCACAGUUUCAAUUAUGGAACAGAAUGGAUACAGAGAUGGUGAUUGAAGACGGCAUAAUGAAGAACAAAAUUCCGUAUCUGCAACAGUAUCUUCUUCAAAGUGAACAGUCCAAAAGGGCAGACUUCUCGGAUAUCUGCUCAACUGGCAUUGCCCUGGCCCUUAAUUAUAUCAAGCACCAGAGGAUUGACAAAGCCAAGGAACUUAUUUCUAAACUGGGAAUGAAUGUAACAAAGCAGUUAUGGGAGAUGGCCUUGCACACACUGGAUAUGCCUGUUUGCAUCUUUAUUACUGAAGAGCUCAUGAAAGGGGGACAACUCAAUGAAGAGCAGAUCUCAAUGUUUAACUUCCUAAAGGACUUAAACCAGCUCUACCCUUGUAGGAACUUCGAAGAGCAGAAAGCUCUUCAUAAACAUAUCAAAGACUGUGAAACCCGUGAGACACACAGGCUAAAGGCCCUCAUUCAGCAGGAUGGUCGCUUUGACUUUGUGAGCACUUGUGAGAACCUAAGUAAGGAAGUCUUGGAAGAGAAAGGGGAACCGGCUCCAUACAAUGAGGUGCUUCUGGCCUGGACCCAGCACUGGGAACCAGCGACAAGGGAGGCUAUCAAGCUAGAUGUUCUACUUCAUAGACCAGGUUCACAAUUGGACUCCUUUGGCCAGCACAUUGUCUGGCAGUAUCUGUUGUCAAGGAAUAUGGUGGAUGUCAUUAUUGCCUGGAUACAGAAUAGUUUUCAAGGCAAACAAAAGCAGUCUUACACAGACCAAGGUAACCAUGGACACCAAAAUGCAACUAUAGAAGCCGAGUGGCCUGUUUCACACCUACAGCCGCUCACUGAAGACUUUGUCAACAACACUGAAUUGUGUACAAUGGCAUUGAGAGACACUAUAAGACAUGCAUUUGCAAGACAUGGAAUAUUCACCACUGAAGCAUGGAGUAGCUUCCCUAUCAUGCUGCAGGAGAUAAACAAGCUGGGUGGACCAUUGCAAGUGCCCCACCCACUGGCUCGGUGUGAUCCCAAGAAAAUCCAAGAAUUUCAUGUUGCCAUUGUCAUCCACUGUAUUGAAAGAAACCUGCCCUACUUUCUAUGGAAUUACUGUUCUUUGCACAGUUUGCAGUUAGAUUUCCUCUAUGAAGUGUGUGAGAACAAGAGUGCUUCUUGGCUUCCACUGUUUCUAGCAUUCUACGGGAUUACAACUGCAGAGGGCCAGGUUCGUAAAACCAUGUAUGAAAGCAGCCUGAUUAAUGCAUCCUCCAUCUGGGGUGAGGAUACCUCCAGCGUGGGAGAGUUACUCAAGGGAGAUCAUCCACUGGCUGCCCUUGCAACCCUCAUGUAUUCACCACAUAAACUGCAGCAGGUGACAUUCGUAACGCAGCAGUUGGAAGCAUUUGACGGCCUGUCUUCAGAGACUGUUGAGCGACUGAUUAAGGCAUACCCUAAACUUCACGUGUCCCUUUUCCCUGCCCGUGGGGGAAGCAGCCCCUUGAGUGAUGUCACUGUGUAUGAGUUGCUUCAGGGGAACGCCCCUUUUGAUCCCAGCAAAUUGUUUGGAUGGCAGACAACUAAUAACUGCCGAGGGGAGGAUGCGUCCAAGGAGAUGCCAUAUUUCUCCCUAUCAGCCCUAGUGGCCAGUCAUGGCUAUGAGGAGCAGCUACGAUACAACUACUACCUCAAACAAGGGAGACCGUCCUUUGCUUUUGUCACCUUCUUGGCUGAAGAGUUCAAAAAUGGGGGACCAGCUAUCUCCAACAAAAGAUUGGCGAUAGCAAUUGGUACAUCACUGUGGAUUGGCUUACGACAUUUCAACAACGCCCAGGUGGCCACGGCAUGUGUUGCAUUCCAAGAGUUGCUGGGGCAUGACAGCCUGUUGCUUAGGACGUACAUACACGCAGGCAACGAGAUAUUAGCCUACAGACACAAUGCUGUUACUGGGACUUUGGAGCAACGACGGGAACAGCUGAAAAAGAAUGAGCAAGAAGUUGUGGAACUUCUGCAAGGGUGUAUACAACAUGGUAGCAGUGCAGCCACUGAAGCCAAACUUGCUCUUGAGGCGGCCAUACUGGCAUCAAUAACAAAAGAUAGACUUCACCUCUGUAGUUUUGAGGCAGCUGAACGUUGGGUCCUGGCGGUGAUGUUCUGCGGGCUUCUGCAGCUGCCCUACCCCACAGAGUUCCUGGAAACGUGUGCCCAGACCAACCAAUGGCUGCCCUUCAUCUGGUUUGCACAGCUACAUCAGUAUCCUAAGGAGCAGCUCUCCAACAUGCUACACAAGUUCCGCUCCCAUCAUCUUCAAGAGCACCUUCGAUAUGUUCUUGCAAACGCUGACCUUCGUAGCUCAACAACAGACUCAGAAAAGCAGGUCACGACUCGACAGCGCAGUGACUUUGCAGGGAAGGAGAUGCGCUCUGGUCUGUAUGCCAGGAUUGGAAUCAAACCCCAGGAAUCAGAGGAGUCCAGUAGUUCUGAUGAAGACUCGGGCCCAGAGAUGGUGGCAUCUGAUACAGGAGAGGAUGAGGACACGGGCCCAGUACUGAACUAUGAGAGCUGCCCUAGUGAUGUGUUUGGUGUCGUGUUCGCUGCUCAGACCACCUCCUGCCCCUGGAAGGCUCUCUUGGCGUACUCUAUCACACUACGAAACUCCCUGUUCUCUGAACUGGCCAUCAGCCAUCAACAGCAGGCCCCCAUCACGUUGCCUUGUCUGUGUAGCUGGCUGGUUGCCAUGACAGAUGAGUUGGAUCAUGAGCAGGUGCUCGAGUAUCACGGUUGGUUACCAUGGAGAUAUGACCUGCAUGUGCUCGACUGUCUCAUUGACCUGUAUGUGGAGAAAAAAUGGGGUUCCAUACUUGUAACUGCUUUUGAUAUAUUCCAACAAAACAGCCCACUCCUUCCAUUUCUGCAGUUUUACUCAGAAUUCACAGAAAAACAAAACUUUGCAAAUUGUAAAACACUGCUGGAAGAAUUCAAGGAAUCUGUAUUUCAGUACCACCAUGAGCCAACUUCAGACUCUGGCUCACAGUUGGUCGGGGAUUCCCGGUGGCUCGAGACCACAACCUACCGGAUAAUCCGAUAUAUGUUGACGCACACAACGAGCAUGGCCCUGGUACACCAACUUCUGAAGAUACUUGAUGCUGAAAGUAUCACCCUUGUCUUCAAGAAUAUUGAUGCAGACUUCAGACAGCCUUGUCAGCUGCUAGGAUUAAUCCUGGAAGGCCAAGUUGAGACAGUCAGUCUAGGGCGACUUCUGUCUGAGGACUCCGGGCAGUUUGAGAGCGAGUGUAGAGCUGUUGUUGACGCACUAAAGGGGAAACAGAUGUUUGAUCUGGCGCGACAGUUUUCUGUGAUUGCUGAACUGCCUUCAGACCAUGUUACAAUAGCUCAGCUGGAGAACCAGAAGACAAAGCUGUGUCACACUGACCUGUGGUCAUCUGGUCCGGCCAGGCUACAGUUCUACAGGGAAUGUUUCCAGAAGUGCAUUGAACAUAAACUGGCUUUACCUACUGUGGCAGAAUACUGCAAGGGUGAGUGUAGCAGCAUCAUGGACCCUGGUGAGAAAUCACAUGUAUGUGAGAUUGCAAUGAACUGCUUGCGUAGUCUGCGAACAACGGGAGAUGACCAUGAACUAGUUACAGAACUUUACAGGGAAAUGUGGAUUUGCAGAAUAGAGGCCAGAAUUAAGAAAGAGCAGGAACUGCCGCAGUCUCCUUACAUCACAGAAAUAUUUGAAGAAGAAGACACAUCAACUCUCGCAACAUCCAUCAACAUGAAGUCUGAACUGUUGCAUUAUGGGAAAAUGCCACACAAAGACUCUGUACCAAAAGACCUGACUGAACAAGAGGUUCAAGUGUUGGAGACCCUUGUUGGUGAGUUGUUAGAUGAAGGGGCCAUCAAGGAGAGUUGCAAGGUCACCACCAUAUUCUCAGUGUACUCACAGGACCUGGCCAUUCUGUUGUCGUUCAUACGGCUAAGCCUGCAGACUGAGGGCCUGGAUGAGCUCACCCCAGACAUACUACACCUGUUGAGGAUCCGACCUGGGGACAUCCACCGCCAGUCCAUAGCAGCCCCUGUACCACUGCUGAGAAAUGCCAGUACCAUCAGUAUUAUGAGCAAUAUCCAGCCAGUUGUUGACACCAUGUCAUCUGAAAACGAAGCCAAGAUUGCUGCUAUGGAGAUUCUACUCAACCAUUCCAAACAUGGUCGCCAAACAUGCGUGCGCAUCCUCACAGCUUUUAAAAUUUCUGUGGUACUGGGAUGUGGCUAUGACCAAGUGAUAGCAGGAGAAGACUAUCAGACCUUGCGAUCUCUCCUCAAGACUAACUGCCAAGCUAGAUUCCGAUUGGCUGCUGAUUUCCUAGCAACAAGCACUCUGUCACCAGAACAGGUGGCAGGGUUCCUGGCAGACGCCAUUCUGCAAAGCUAUCGUGUCACUCUGGGUGAUGUGAAGUCAGGUGACCAGGAGAUGUUCUUCGAUCCCAACGACAGCACAACAGACUUCCACCAGGUGGUUAGACUGUGCACCGACCCAUCCCUGCUCGGGAACAGACUGGUUGAGGCCGUUGCUGCUAUGGCACUGCCGCUGGAGGACACAUCCGACAAAGUGUUGACCCUACAGACAGAGUUGUUGAUACGGGCCCAUGAGUGUUAUACAGCAGCCUGUGAUAUGGAAGGCAUUUCCACGAUCCUGAGGGCCUCUCGUAUCCUCACCUCUCACCUGCUGGCAGCAUCAGAGUUCCAACUUAUGACUCGUCUGCUCAUAGGGGUGGGAAGGUACAACGAGAUGACCUACAUAUUUGAUGCCUUACAACAGAGUCACCAGUUUGAGCUACUUCUGGGAAAGGGAAUGGAAAAGGAGACGAAGCUCAAGACGGCCAUCUUGGAUUACCUGAAGCGCUAUCACCCCAGGGACACUGACACGUACACCAUGGUGGCGCUCAAGUUCAUGAUGUACCGCGAGAUUGCACAGCUACUGGAGCAGAAGGCAAACAAGAGACUGGACAUGUUCAAGUCUAGACCUAUAGAAAACUGCGACGAAGACAAGUCAAUACUGGAACAAACAGCCCAGUUUCUCUCAGAGGCUGCUGAAAGCUAUGUCAAGGACAGCUGCCUGCGCUAUGCCCAGGCCUGUAUCCGCAAGGCCAGACUGGUUGCCUUACAGAUCAAGUACCUCUCUAGCUGCAAACAGGUCCUGAAUCUGAGCAGGGCUGGAGCCAACGCGCUGAUUGCUGAACAUCAUGUGUUCACAGAGGCAUACAUUAUUAGUGAGGCUUAUCAGCAGCGUGAGUGCUGGCCCCAGGCCUUGUGUAAACACGUGAUCAACAGAGGAGACAUGAAAUACCUGCAGGAGAUGCGGGCACAUGUGAGACUCACUCCACAACUCAUAGAAGAUGCAGUAGAAAGAUACCACCAGUGCACGGAGAAAGCCCCACAAGCCCCUGGUAACGUCAAGAAGUUACUGCAGUACUGCAAGGAUGUCAAGGUACACCACCGUCUCGCGAAACAACUUGGCCUGCGUGACGUCAUAGUAGAGCUGGAGAAGGGCGACUCGAAACCUUACAUCAUGGACUUCUCACGUGUUAGCUAAUGUGUAUGAUACAUUUUUGUUUUACGAUGAAAAUUAUUGUUAAAAAUAAACCUUUCCAUUCAUUUUAUGUAAAAUUGUCAAUUUGAACAAUUGAUUCAUCUUAUUGUAUAAAAAACACACACACAACACGACAAAACUUUAAUAAUCAUAAAGAAAAUAGGCAUUUUUUAUAUCUUCAACAGUUGGAACUCUAUUAGUUUAAUAUUAGGUAUUUUAUAUAAUGGUAUCGUUUUGUGUUUUUUUCUUUUUUUCUUAUUGAAUGUGCAAUAAAAACGUGUAUAUAAUAUAUUAGUAUUACAUGAUGUAUGUGCUUACGUUAUACAAUGCUUUACACUGAAAUAUUUCAUAAUUAGUAGAUUAAUGAAUAUAAACACGUUUGUACAUUUCUUUUGAAAUAUAUGAUGCAUCUUCCAAA